CAACUGUUCAAUACACAACGACAUUUCAUCAAGUGUCUAACAAGAUGCCCUGACUUGCCAGAAACCGACAAGAUACCGCCUCUGUACCAGUGGUAAUACCAGUACAUGCUGUAUUAUCUUUACGGCAUUCAACAAUCUCCGGGUGAGACACAGCUGUGAAUAUGCGGCAACCCGUUCCAAGCAUGACAGCAAACAGAGAUGAGAUGAGCCGGGUAAGUAUCAACACAGCUCCUCCGCCAACGCCUCUAGGAGCAUGAAAGAAGUCUUUCUUGACAAUGUCACCUUUUAUUUAUCUACAUUUACCCUUCUUGAGGACUUUGCAGCACCAAAAGCCAUGUUUUGGUGAUCCCUAACCAAGGUCCUCUUCUCACACAGCCUUUGCUGGCCCAGCUUGAUGCUCGGGUUUAUCUCGGGUCACUCAGCCAAUGAGAAGCGCUUCUUCAUCGGCAAGUGCAAUGAGCAAUUAAGCUUCCAGCAGCAGAAGCUACCUGAGGCAUGUACCUCUGUACCAUCCAAUCCCGCACCGCAUCUCACGCAAACUCGCCCUUCGCCAGAGCCUGCCUGAAGAAACAACAUCAGCACCGCACCGCAGCCCGCUAAAUUUCUGCCACUACGAACUCUCGAUCCCGCGUUUUUCACAUCAACAACAUCAAUCGCCAUUUCGACCGAUCGGCUACCGCGUUCGAACCCGUAUUGAUUCAUCCCCAAAUUUUUGAUACUUUUAUCUUACGACUUUUUUUACGCGAUCAGAUCGACAAUGCCUGGUGGAAAGGGAAAGUCUUCUGGCGGAAAGAGCUCCGGCGGCAAGACGAGCGCUGCUGAGGGCACCAAGAAGCAGCAGAGUCACUCUGCUCGUGCUGGUCUUCAGUUCCCUUGCGGUCGUGUCAAGCGUUUCCUCAAGCAGAACACCCAGCAGAAGAUGCGUGUGGGAGCCAAGGCUGCCGUGUAUGUUACAGCUGUUCUGGAGUACCUGACUGCCGAAGUCCUCGAGUUGGCAGGCAACGCUGCAAAGGAUCUCAAGGUGAAGCGUAUCACGCCCCGCCACCUCCAGCUUGCCAUUCGUGGUGACGAAGAGCUCGACACUCUGAUCCGUGCGACAAUCGCCUACGGUGGUGUCCUGCCACACAUCAACCGCGCCCUGCUGCUCAAGGUUGAGCAGAAGAAGAAGGCCAAGGCACUUGAAGGCUAGAGACGUAUCUUUUAAGGCUCUAUUUUGCUUUUAUUCUUUGGGACUUGCGGUAAACCGGUAUAUGGGAUGGUAAUGCAGAAAUUCUUGAAUUCGAAUUCGAUGGGGGCGUCGCGUCGAGAUAUGAGCGGACGUCCGCACGACCACAGCUUGGAUAGCUGAGGGCGCCUGCGCUUUCAAAGGGCACACGACGAGCUCUCGGGUCGGCUCUAGAAGCCGAUACCCGAUGACGAGAGGGUUCACGUUAUGACGAAAUGCCCUGUGCUAAUUGGACUUGCGCGAGCUGUGUACAACAGUUGUGUUUUCACCUUGGUGUCUGGUCUGGUAUGAGAUGCGACACGGAACCGCUGUGCUGAUGGACUGGAUUAGGUAGACAUGGAAAUACGAGUUCCUGCUUAGUCAUCGAAAGUCCAAUGUUAAAACGAGUGGUUUGUUAUGAUCUGUUGUUUGUCUUAGGAAUGUGGAUUAAUGAAGUUAUCAUGUUUGCUCAAAUGAUGUUUAUCUAGCAAGAUCCGCUCCCCCAAAACAUUUCCCUAUUGCAUGAUCUUUGCUAUCCUUUCCAUUAUCUCAUAUUCCCUGAAUAUCUGUCCCAUAC